ACAAACCAAUGUCAUGAAACCGGUGAAAGACUUGCUUGAUAAGGCAAACGAUAUAGUUGAUAAUGUUUGGGAUGAUAAUUGUCUGAAAACUGUGCGAGAGUUGCCGUGUAUGCCAAUAUACUGCUCAGAAAAUGAUGAUAAUAUUGUUGAAAUGAAAAACAAGAGAAAGGAUUGCACUAAAGCUAUGGAAUGCGUUUCCAAGUCAACAGAAAAGUUAAACUCGAUCACGGGAAAAGCGUUGGAAAGUGUGGUGGAUGAAUUACGUGAUGCCAUUAAGGAUAGCUGUGAAACCAUCAUUAAAACCUUUGAAGAUCUUAGCAAGCCAUCAGCCAAAGAAGCUAGCGGAGUGUCAGAUGUACAGAUUACGAUCUCCUUAACCUUAGUCCCUGUAUUUCUUUGCUUUAAAAUGCUGUACUAACAAUAUUUUGCAUCAUUUUGACUUUUAAUUAUCAUAUGAUAUCAUACUGUAGUUUUUACAUGCAAGAAGCAUCUCUGUCGUUUAAAAAGAAAUAUGAGAAAUAGCUAGACGAUGUAAAUCGUUUUAAAAACGUUUUAAUUGGCAUUAAAUGCUCUUAGUUAGAAGUGGAUCUUAUAGAACCGCAGUAUUCAUAUAGCAUAAAUACUUUAUAUAUUCAUCAAGACUGACACGAAAUUCUUUAUGUGCAGUUAUUAUGAUUAUGAUUAGUAAAUGACUACUACUAGGGAGAAAGUAGGACAUUUUAUAUAACAUAUCUUGUGAUCCUGCAUCGUGGAUAACAUCAAGCGCGUCAAACAUAGUUUCACAAGCACAGGGAAGUUUGUUCACUAGACAAAAAAGUAAAUUUAAAUAAACUUUUAGAUAUGAUCUA